AUGUUUGACUGUUAACUUGGACAGUCAAACGCGUUGACUAACGGUCAACGCGCCACGUCACUGCCAAGUAAGAAGAUCUGAUAAAUAUUUAAUUUUUUUCGUUUUUUAUUUUUGGUUUAACUAAGGUACUAGAUGAUUUUUUUUUAAUUUAUAAUAAUUUAAAAUUAGGGAAUGUGUGAAAAUUGUGAAUUAUUUUAAAUAUUUUAUGCUGACUUGGCAGUGACAUGGCGCGUUGACUAACAGUCAACGCGUUUGACCGUCCAUGUUAAUGGUCAAAAGUCGGAUCUGUCCAAAUUGUUUAUUUUGGUGCAUAGUUCGGCCCAGAAUGUUAUAGACGAAAAGAUUGGUCAGAAUGUUUAUUUUGAUCAAAGUGAUGGUCAUACUAAAAUAUUAACCCAAAUUAAAAACCAUUUGUCGAGGGAUUUUCUGACUAACAGUCGAGAAAACGAAAGGCGAGGGUGAGAAGGGAGGGAGAGGGAAGGGGGAAGCAAGGGAAUAGAAUUGCCGCCGACGCCGACGAGACCAUAAAGUCACUGUUAUUCUCUUCUUUGAUUCCGCUCCCCCUCCGAGGAAGACAGCACAGAAUCGAUUUAGCGGAUAAGAGAAGAAAAAGACGAGAAGGAAGUUUCACUGUUUCAGUUUCAGUUUCAGUUUCAGUUUCAGUAAGGAGAAAGGAAUAGCGCGAAACAUAAACCCUAAUUAUCUUUGGCACAACUAGUUUAAGAUCUCCACCUCUUCCUUAUUCGUUCUCUCGUUCCUCUCCUGGUUCGCACUUCGCAGCAUUAGAGCUCCAACAAUGGUCAGUUGUUACCUUUUCUUUCAGCUCCUCAUUCAUUUUAUUUUGAUUAGCCCCCGACUCUUCCACUCUUAUUCUUACUUGAUUAACUCGCAUGUGCAUUUCCUUCGCCGAUUAACUCGCAUGUGCAUUUCCUUCGCCUUGUUUGGUUUGUCAUUAGCCUAGAACUGUUUGAUCUUUGAGGUUCAUGUACCGAAAGCAUUUAGUUGCUAAAUCGCCAUCUAGUCUCCAUGCCAACCAAGAGUUGAAAGCCUUAUCCUGUCCCCUGGAUGCGACCACCUUGCCCAUCGUGAACGAAUGGAAGGAAGGAGCCCCAUUGUUUGUAUUUCCAGCUUCGAGAAAUAUGACAUUAAACUUUCCCCUUGGUUCUGUAGUUUGGUUUAGUUGGCUCUGUUUGAGUACUACAUUGACAGUCUUGUCUUUGUUUUGCAGAACAAGUUUGGUAGAGGCCACCGCGACAAGGUCCAGCAGUUCAUGGCCAUAACUGGGGCAAGGCAAAAAGCCGCAGUUCAGGCAUUGAAGGCAAGCGAUUGGCAUCUUGAAGGUGCAUUUGAUGUGUUCUACAGCCAGCCCCAGAGUAAAACACAUACUGACUCCAGACAUUUGGAAGAGCUUUACAACAGAUAUAAAGAUCCAUAUCUGGACAUGAUAAUGGCUGAUGGCAUUGCUCGUCUUUGCAAUGACCUUCAGGUGGAUCCCCAAGACAUAGUUAUGUUAGUUGUUUCAUGGCACAUGAAGGCUGCCACCAUGUGUGAAUUUUCGAAGCAAGAGUUUGUCGGUGGACUACAAUCGCUAGGGAUAGAUUCACUGGAGAAGUUCCAAGAGAGGAUACCAUUCAUGCGUUCUGAGCUGAAAGACGAACAGAAGUUCCGUGAGAUAUACACUUUUUCUUUUGGGUGGGCAAAAGAGAAGGGUCAAAAAUCUCUAGCACUGGAUACCGCAAUAGGAAUGUGGCAACUACUAUUUGCUGAAAAGCACUGGCCAUUGGUUGAUCACUGGUGCCAGUUCUUACAGGCUCGGCAUAAUAAAGCUAUCUCGAGGGACACUUGGUCUCAGCUAUUGGAAUUCACACGGACAGUUGAUUCUGGAUUAGCAAACUAUGAUGCCGAAGGGGCAUGGCCAUAUCUGAUUGAUGAGUUUGUGGAUUACCUGAAUGAGAAUGGUGUGGGUGCUGAUGGGUUCAGUCGAACAAUUGGAGCUUAGAACGAUGAAGAAAAGAAGAGGACCAGAUGUGUAGCAGAAGCUGGGAAGUAUGGUGUACUUGGUUCUCAAUCAUACAGUUAUGCAGACUGCAGCGUGUAGGAUUGCGUUUCCUCUUACUUUCUCUACCUUUCUUUUCUCCACUAGUUUCAUAACGAAAAAAGGGGGAAAUAAUGGUGAAGAAAUGAUACGAUGAUGGAUGAUACUAUUGACAUUCCUUCUCUCUUACGCAUGGAAACGGCGUAUAUGAUAUGUCUAGAGUCCGAUUGAAUGGAAAUAGAACUGUUACCAGUUUCUACUUGAUGCCAUUGCCAUCCAAGACAUGUCAUCAGAGCUCGUCGUCCCAUUCGUAACCAUAUCCACCACACCACACCUUCUUACUCCACAUCCAGCUCCCAAAAUCUUGCUCUUUGGGGUUGGGAAUCGAGCUUUUCCAUGUCACAAUUGGCUGCCACUAUAAACAAUUCACCCAUGGGCUUCAUGCCUGCUUCUCGUCGGACCAAUCAAACUCGAAAACCCCAUAAAAUGUGUCAUGAACCAGCAAAACCGUGCGAGAACGGAUUCCAAAAACAUCAAAACGUGAACAUUUUGAUUUUUAAAAAUUAAAAUUGGAAUAUGAUAAAUUUCUGAUAAAGUU